CUACUGUUUUUAUUUUUGGCUACAACUUGAAGGAAGCAAUAGUCAUUUCCUUUCCUCUCAAAGAAUACAAAUUUCUUCUCCAAGCUUAUGGCUUCUUCUUCUUUUGCAGUCCAAGGAGCAGGACCCUCUUCAAGCUUCAGUUUCUCAAGGGAAUGGCUACUCAUGGCAGCCACUGUGCUCUUCUGUGGGUUCUUGGGUUAUUUAGUUUAUGAUGCAAUAAUGUCUACAGCAUCUGAACUCUUGGAAAGACUGCUAGUCAUUUCUCCUUUGGUCUUAGUCAUUGCAGUUCACUGGCUCUCUUCAGGAAGCCAUUUCAGCAUUCCAAUGCCUGGGUCUGAGCCUGGUGCCUUCCAUAGAGCUGGAGGCUCACCUUGGGGUGUAGCUUGUGUGCUUGCUCUUCUUUUCCUUCUCAUAUCUUACCAGCCUUCUCUUCAUAGUCUUAUCUUCUAGCUUACUCAUCAUGUAAGUCUAAGUAAGAAUAUAUAUGGGUUCUUAACUGCAUGAUUAAUGUAAAAUUAUCUUCUCUUUCAUUUAAUGAUGUUGAUUCAAUUAGGUGAAAAUCAUGUAAAAGAUUGUUGUUGAUUUUUUGCUGUGUGCUCUACUUGAAUCUUCCUGUAA